AGUUCAUCUCCGUCCUCUUCAAUUUCAUACGCCUUUCCGAACAUCCUCUCCAUUCCUUCCUCUCUCUCUCAAAACUGGGGAUCUUAUGUGCAAGCCUCUGUGUGCUCUGUCCUUCAAUUUUUCAGCUAUUUUGCUUAGGACUCUCAUCAACAAAACCAAUAUCUACCAUGGCUGUUGAUUAUUUUCCCAAGCAUUUGGUGUUCAACAUCUUGUUCAAAUUACCCGUUAGAAGUGUUGUUAGAUUCAGGUGCGUUUGCAGAUCUUGGUGUGCUCUCUUUUCUGAUCCUAAUUUUGUAUAUAAAAACCUACUCUCUUGUUCUGAUUCUACAACCAAUUCCCAAAUCCUUGUCAAAUAUGAUGAUUAUAGGUUUGAAUAUUAUUUGGCUUUUUCUUUUCUUUGCAAUGAUACAUUUGACAUGUCUCCCCCACAAGAAAUUCCAUAUCCUCAUGAUAUAAUGGAAAAAUGCUCUUUCGUUGACAUCGUGGGUUCUUGCUGUAAUGGUGUAAUUUGCCUCCGUGAUGGAUAUUUCUUUGGGGAUUUGCUUGGGUUAUGGGAUGAUGUUUACAACUACGAGAGUAAUAUUGUUCUAUGGAACCCAACUACUUCUGAAACUAAGAUACUACCUCAAUCCAAUCUUUCACAUCCUCCUCCUCCUCCUGAACCUUUUUCAUUGGAAAUUGUAGAAUUUGGAUUUGACUCCACAACAUGUGAUUACAAAGUACUCAGGAUUUUUGAGUAUUUGACUCAUGAUAACCAAUGUGAUUACCUGGCGGAGAUCUAUAGUCUGAGGGAUGAUACUUGGAGAAAACUUGAUGUCUCUCUGAAUUCUUGGGAGUUGCCUCGUUAAUAAGUAC